UAAACUCUUCUAUGUAGUUACUCUUUCCUUCUUUCGUUCCCUCCAAACCAGAACUCAGUUUCAUCAACAAUGACAUCGAUUCUUGCAAAGAAGCCAAAAAAGAUGAAGUUGAAAGGGUUGAAAACACUAGGCCAACAACUCCUCUCUUCACGAGCUCACAUCAAUAAUCUUCCCUUGCUCCUCGGUUUCAUAUCGCCGUCGUCGCCGCCGCCACACGUUCUCGAAUCACUCCUCUCGCUGCAGUCCUUUUUCACCACGGUGCUCGCCGACCUACCUCCCUCUCAGUCUUCGAAGAAACGUCGGCGUAUAGACGAUUCAGCUAAACAGGAUCCCGAGUUUAUUUACAGGACCUGGCUGAGAUCAAAGUUUGAUGAAUUCGUUACGUUGUUGAUUGAAGUUUUGAUUUCGCCCGAUACGGAAGAUGCUUUAAGAGAAAUCGUAUUGGAUUCAUUCAUGGAAUUCGUGAAGCUCGGAAAUGGAGGAAGCUUUUACUCCUCUAUUUAUCACAAAUUGCUGCGCAGCAUCGUUAACUCUCCAACACCGGUUGAUUUUUUAUCAGAGUUGCUUGCAUUGAAGUAUUUUAAGUACAUUGAUGUCCGGUACUUUACCUUCAUUAGCUUGGAAAAACUUUCUAAAGCUUUGGACACAAAAGAUACCGCCGGCGACGAAACAGCGGGUGGAGAUGGUGACAGCAGGAGUCAAUCAAGAGAAAGCAUGGAGCUUUCUAUUUGCAAGAUACAUUAUAUCAUAUCUCACAUCCCCCCUUUGGAAGGCAAUGAUGGAAAAUCCGAGUAUGAGAUGUGGAGCGGAUCAGGGCUUCCAUCUAACGAAGAACAUGAUAAAAAAAAGCUCUCUAAGGCUCAAAAGGCAGAAGAUAAAGGGUGGAAGGCUGAGAAACAAACCAAUACUGUGUUGUCUCCAGCCUCAAUUGCCAAGAAGAUGAAACUGAAGUUUACUAAAGCAUGGAUUUCGUUCCUCAGACUACCGAUCCCUGUAAAUGUAUACAAGGAGGUUCUUGCCACUCUUCAUCAGGCAGUCAUCCCUCAUUUGUCUAAUCCUAUAAUUUUAUGUGAUUUCUUAACAAAAUCAUACGAUAUUGGUGGCGUUGUUAGUGUCAUGGCGCUUAGCAGCCUCUUCAUCCUAAUGACACAACACGGUUUAGAGUACCCAAAUUUCUAUGAAAAGCUUUAUGCGCUUUUAUCACCUUCUAUCUUCAUGGCAAAACAUAGAGCGAAGUUUUUUCAGCUUCUUGAUUCUUGCCUGAAGUCGCCUCUUCUUCCUGCGUAUUUGGCUGCUGCUUUUGCUAAGAAAUUAAGUAGACUGUCGAUUUGUGUGCCUCCUUCUGGAGAAUUGGUUAUCAUUGCUUUGAUUCAUAACCUUUUACGUCGACAUCCAUCAAUUAACUGUUUGGUGCACAAGGAAGAUGGUGAUGAAAAUGAAGAGGAUAAAAAUGAUUCCGGAUCUGAGAAAAGACCUGGUUUUGAUCAUUUUAAUAGCGAGGAGAGCAAUCCUAUAAAAUCUAAUGCCAUGAGAAGUUCUCUUUGGGAAAUAGACACCCUUCGACACCAUUACUGCCCACCUGUAUCAAGGUUUGUUUUGUCAUUGGAGAAUGAUUUGACAGUUCGAUCCAAAACCACUGAAAUGGACAUCAAAGAUUUUAGUUCUGGUUCAUAUGCAACAAUAUUUGGGGACGAGAUACGACGUCGGGUAAAGCAGGUUCCUUUGGCUUUUUAUAAAGCAACGCCAACAUCUUUGUUUCCCGAGUCUGACUUUUGUGGUUGGACCUUCAAAUACGAAGGAAGCAAUGAAAUUAAGGAGCAGAAAACAGUUGAAGAAGAUGAUGCCUCUACAAAACGACAGCGGAUCGAAUGCUGAUGUUCAUGACUUGUUUCUUAGGGAGGAUCGUAAUUCAUAUAUAGUUUUGACCAACUUGGACACUUUUUUUUUUUUUUGAGUUUUUAACCCAUCUUUAAAUGUAUUUUUUGAUUGAAAUUUAUAUGUCUAAUCUUAUAUCUGAAUUUGUGUGAUUUAAUUGUGAAAUUAUCUAAAGUUUAUUUAAGUCUCAUAUAUUUUUAUACUUCAGAAAAUAGAAUCAUGACCCAACUCGAAUUUUU